AUGUGCGGUAUCCAUUUUUCCAUUGGCAGACAUGCGUAUUGUCCUCCCGACGACAACGUGGCACAACUGCUGGUAAAUCGAGGCCCGGAUAGUAUCAAGACGCAUAAUAUCAAAGUCAAUGUUGACAGGUGCACCGAUUCUUCAACAGAAUGCUACUUGUCCUUCACGUCCACGGUGCUGGCUUUGCGUGGAGAUCAUGUGACUGUCCAGCCACUUGUUGACACAAAAACCGGAUCCGUCCUCUGCUGGAAUGGCGAGGCUUGGAAGAUUGAGGAGACUAUCAGCGGAAAUGAUGCAGAAGCCGUCUUUCAGCUGCUUUUGCAUGCUUCUUCACAAGAUUUUCAAUUCCAAAAGAGUGCCAACGGCGGAGCCAAUAGCCCGUCGUUGGCCAGUCCGGGCAUAGUAAACGCCAUCAACAGCAUUUCUGGUCCAUUUGCAUUUGUCUUCUUUGAUGCUACAAAUCAAAGAAUUUUCUUUUCUCGCGAUUGCCUUGGCAGGCGUUCGUUGCUGAGCAAGGCUGACCAAAAUCAUAGCUUUACCGUUUCAAGCAUUUGCAAUGGCUCCCUGGACAAAACAUGGCUCGAAGUUGAGGCUGACGGCGUGUACGUCGUCAGUCUCAAAGACUUUUUAAAAUCAAUAGCAGAAGACCAAACUAAUCCUGAGAACCCAUUCGGUAUCUCCAAGGUUCCUUGGGUUUAUCAAGACGGCACCGCCGACGCUUCACAUUUGAAACUUCCAUAUCCUAAAUUAAACAAGGAACUUCCUUCACAAAACCUGCCUGUCCUCAAUCUUUCCUCUCCUUCAGUCCAGUCCAUCGAGAAGCAUCUUCUCAAUUCUCUGCGUUUGCGGGUCCAAAAUGUCCCUACUCCACCCGUGGUUGAGUCUCCAGAGCACUCAUCCUCCUCUGCCAAAGUUGCAAUCCUCUUUUCUGGAGGUCUAGAUUGCACAAUGCUUGCUCGUCUAAGUCACGAGGUUCUGCCCUUUUCCGAAGACAUCGAUCUCCUGAACGUGGCCUUUGAAAACCCUCGCGUAGUAGCCGCUGCGCGAAAGGAGAAACGUCUUCACAACGAAACGGACGGAACCUCGACAAGCUGUUCCGCCUACGACCUCUGCCCGGACAGACUAACCGCACGAGCCUCCCACAAGGAGCUUGAAAAGGUCUGUCCACAGCGAAAAUGGCACCUGGUCGAAAUAAACGUGCCUUACCAAGAAAUGCUUGAACAUCGUCCACUAGUUAUCUCCCUUAUACAUCCACAUAACACAGAAAUGGACCUUUCAAUCGCCAACGCCUUCUAUUUCGCUGCUCGCGGCAUCGGAACCGUGCAGGCCAAAUCAUACAUUACUCCCGCGCGGAUCCUUCUCUCUGGCCUCGGCGCGGACGAGCUAUUCGGCGGAUACGGACGCCACCGCGUGGCUUUCAACCGCGACGGCUUUCCGGGCUUACUCGAUGAGCUUGAACUCGACGUGAACCGGCUGGGCAAGCGCAAUCUCGGCCGCGACGACCGCGUCAUUGCCCACUGGGGAAAAGAAGCGCGGUUUCCGUUUCUGGAUGAACAAUUCCUUAACUGGUCUCUGGGAUGUCCCGUCUGGGAAAAAUGCGGGUUCGGGCAGCCCGAAAAUGCGCCUGAUGCAGACGACGCCAGACCCGAGCUUAUCCUUGAUGCCGAGAAGAAGGUUCUUCGUCUCUUGGCCUGGAAAUCGGGAAUGCACGGCGUAGCCAAAGAGAAGAAGCGCGCUAUACAAUUUGGCGCACGCACAGCCAAGAUGGAAGUCGGCAGAACAAAAGGAACUCAACUCUUGUCUUGA